AUGAAAUUAGCGACUCGAUCCAGCUACCCAUUCUCUAUCCUACCUCUAUGUGCUGCAGACCUUGAAAUCGUCGAAUGGCUACCCUCUCGACGACCUGUUGCUAAAGCUCACCACCUUCCUCACAUCAUUCGACGCCGGCCAGAUUCGAUAUGCUGGGCAUGCGUUCACAAAGCUGUUAACACAGCCACGGCUGCAGGAUUUGUUUCCUCGCUUCUCCGCCUCGAUCCCACCGGGUCGGUUCUCACUAGCCACCAUACCUACCUCGUCCGAUUUGCCUACAUGACCAACAACAUCGAGCCUGUGUUGCCCAUCAUCGAGAAGAGCAUCGUGUUCUACCCUGGCAUGAAGGGCUCGACAAGCACUCGAAAUCUUAGCGAUCCCGAUCUUCCUCCCUCGGGUUUUAUUACUGUCGAAAACGACUUCACCAAAUCCUUGGAGAACAAAGACAUCCUCGAGCAUGACCUCCUGCGCGGGCUUUGCUUUAUUCAGAGACGAUCCUGGCAGCAAGCUUUCGAUGCCUUUGAGCGGGUGAUUACCUAUCCAUCCAGAGACAACACCAACGCGAGCAAAAUUCAAGUGGAAGCCUAUAGCAAGUGGGUUUUGGUUGGACUCUUGCUCAACGGAAAGGCACCUGUUCUCCCACCUACCACGCCAAACGGGCCACGAAAAGUCUACGAGGUUACGGGCAAACCAUACUACUCGUUGGCGCAGGCAUUUGAGAAGCGAACAGCGGAAUCUUUCAAGACGGAAUACGAAGGGCUGUCUCAGGGUUUCUGGGACGAGGAGAAGAAUGUUUCUCUUCUGAAGCUGGUGAUUGAGCACUAUCAGAAGUGGCAGAUUUUGAAUUUGAGACAUGUCUACUCCAGAAUCUCUCUCGAGCAAAUACGGACUCGAACACAAUCCGCCGAGACGGCUGCGCCCUUGGGAUCGGUGCAGGAGAUCGAGGCGUUGGUCCAGGGAAUGAUUGACGAGGGCCUCCUGCAAGGGGAGGUGGUGCACCCAGAGAAUGGCCUGGCGUAUUUGGCGUUUAGCUCUACGGCGGAUGACUUGAGCGAGGAAGAGUUCACGAGGAGGAUGGUGGCGACUGCGCAGAGGAUCAAGGCGCUGGGGCCGGUGGUCAAGGCUACGAAUGAGAGGUUGGCAAGUAACAAGGAUUACCUGAAGUGGUUGGCGCAGCAGAAGAAGCAUGAGCAGCAAGGGCAGAGUCAGGGUGGGGGGCCGGUGGAUGUGACGGGUUUUGGGGAUGUGGUGGAGGAUGAGGAUUUGAUGACGGGGAUUGUGGCCGGCUAG